AUGGAUAGCGCACAGCAACAACGGCAAUCGUCGCGUACGGACUGCGACGAGGAGGAGGACGCCCGGGAUGUUGAGAUGCAACCGGCAGACGCGCCGGACCUAAAGGUAGCCCAGACCCCUGCAACACCGAUGGUCAUCGAGCAGGAAACUGCAGUUAUCCGUCCGAAGAUGGAAGCCACAUCGAACAACGCAGAAUCGAAGAACCCAAAGUUCUGGGAUCGAUACGAGAUGCACGGUGAGUUCGACAAGGGUACGUUCAGCACGGUUUUGCUGGCAUCGUUACGUACCCAGCAGCACAUGCCGCUAGACAAACGGAGCAAGUUUGCGAUCAAGCUGAUCGUACCAACGAGCCAUCCGGAUCGGAUCGCGCGAGAGAUACUCUGCAUGAAGAAGAUGGGCGGCCAAUGCAAUGUGGUCGGGCUAGUUGAUGCGUUCCGGUUCAAGGGUUCCGGUUCGGUAGGGCUCGUGAUGAACUACAUUCCGCAGGAACCGUUCCAUCUGUACUUCGCCCAGCUAACACCGGGUGACGUGCAGCGCUAUCUGCAGCAGUUGUUGAUCGCCCUGGAACGGGUGCAUCUGUUCGGGGUAAUUCAUCGGGAUGUGAAACCUAGCAACUUCUUGCACAGUCCACGCAAUGGCGUGGGUACCUACAUGCUGGUAGACUUUGGUCUAGCGCAGGAAACGAAUAAAGGCGUACUGUCACUGCGAACACCCGGACACCAGCCCGGCCAGACUGAUGAGGGUGGCAAGCGUGAGGAUCAGGUUGUUCCGCAACAUCAAGAUGCUGUCCUGGUGCGCAACCCGUUGAAUCGAAAAACCACCAGCAAUACCCACCCGUUGAAGCUCUCGAAUAGUACAACGAAGGAUCUCGCCGAUGCUCCGAUGCUGGGUCGGCAAAUCAAAUCGGUCGCCAGUACCGUCAGCAAUGGGGUAAAGCAUCGCCGUUCGGCAAUGCUAGAAAACCGAUCGCCCUAUGCGAGGGAUCUCAAAACGGACGGUGCUAACGUGGUAUCGCGCCAUGCCGUGGACCAACCCACGUGCGUUUGCUACGGUCGGGCGCAGGUGUGCAAUCUGUGCCUGGUGAAGCCGGAAAUGAAUGCUCCGCGGGCCGGUACGCCUGGCUAUCGGCCACCGGAAGUGUUGCUGAAGUAUCCGGACCAAACGACGGCUGUCGAUAUCUGGGCCGCUGGUGUCAUCUUUCUCAGCCUGUUGAGCAAGCUGUAUCCAGUCUUUACCAACGAGGACGACUUGACCUCGCUGGCGCAAAUCAUUGAGGUGUUUGGGUACGAGCGUAUAAAGGAAACGGCCCGUCUACUAAAACGGGGACUAGUUUGCACGCCGGAAACGAUGGCAAAACAGCCAUACAAUUUGCGGCGUUUUUGUCAAAACUUCCGCGUUAUUUACAAAAGGCGCGAAUCGGGUGCGACUGUCGGUGGAUCUAGUCCACCGUCUGGCCGGGAUGAGGAAAACUUGUCCUGCGACAACUGUUGCAAACCUCCGGACGGUUGUCUGUGCCAGCGUCGUAGGAGUGUGGCCGAUGAGAGUGUUGGACAUCCGAGGGAUGCGGAUUGCGAUGAGUACGGUCCGGAAGCGUACGAUCUGCUGGAACGGUUGCUCGAAACAAACCCGCACCAGCGUAUUACCGCUUCUGAGGCGUUGCAGCAUCCCUACUUUAAUGUACAGUACUGA